GCAAAAAGAAGCCCCAAUGCAUUUGAUAAAGGCCGCUUUCUUUCUGAGCUUUUUGGCUACGUGCCAAUGGGGCCAGGUUCAGGCCGUAAUAAGUUCGGAGCUGAAUCACUAUUUGCGGUGUCUGGAGGUGGUCACAGAUGCUGGUGCCCUGCUAAUCGAGAACUCCAUAACCGCGAUACGUCUUCUAUCCGACUGCGUCGACUUCCAACCCAAAAUAAAACCCAACGGCAGCAUCGUCAGGUUUAUUAGGCUGGCUCAUCAGUUCGCCAAGAAGGCGAUUUACGAUAAACCGGAAUGCCUUGUGCAGAUGUUCACCAAUACAGUCGCGCUGAUCAGACCGAUUAUAGCCAAGUUUGACAGCUUGAUGUGCUUUGAUGAGUAGGAUAAACCAAUAAAAAUUCAGAGCCUAUCGAAAGUUUGCCAGGCUCAGCAAACGAAAAAUCCCA